CGACACGGUAUUACUAGUCUCUAUCACAUCACUAGACUAGUAGACUCUAGUAUGUGUACGCCCCGUAAGGAGGUGGAUCUCAUCGUGGUUAACACUCUGUUGACACUCCUCACCUUCCAUUUUAUUGGUGAGAUAAACCAUCGUGAGCAUGCAGAGUACCAUUGUCCCGCGCCGCAUCCAAUUCUCAAGUUGCGAUGAAUGUCGCCGAUCACGCGUGAGGUGCGAUGCUUUGAAUAGGAGGAAUGCCAAUGACUCCUGCAGCCGAUGUCUCAAACGGCACCGGCAAUGUACUUUCAAGUGGAUUGGCAACGUCGGGCGCCGUGUCUCCAGGGAAUCACCUCGCGACGGAGGCCGUGGACAACACCCGGCAACCGCAAACAGUAAGAGAACCUCGUCUGUUCGUGAUGCGCACGACCCAAGAGCAGCGAGCCGCCGACCGAGAACCGCGAGCCCGGAUCGGUUUCGAAACGAGUCAAACCUACUACCUGCGCCGGACCACGCGAUCGUGACGGUUUCCCCGCUCGAAAUUCUGAACCCCUCGGACGCUCAUUUGCUGCGGAAAAUUUAUCGCGCCGGUUUCGACGCCAUUUUUAGCUCGUGGAUGAGCAGUUAUGGCUGCCCGUUUCUCUCUGAAAACAGUGUCGGUGCCCACAACCCGAGCAUAUUGGAGAUCUGCGAGCAUCUCGAUGGAUGGAUGAGAGAGAUGUCACUUCGCGAUCCGGCAAUGAUCUUGGUCCCGGAACACAGCGGUGGUGAUCGGGAGAAUGACUCUCUUCGGGGUUCGAUCGCCGCCUUCUCAGCGAGAUGGUUGCCGCUCACCUCGGGGAAUCCGGAGGCAACGCAGUGGUGCCAUCACGUUGUGCAUGCAUUAUGGCGACAUGCUCGUCGGGAUAUGAUGCGGGUGAUCAAUCGCCCAUCAUACCGGUCGAUGCUGACCCUCUUCCUGUUCGCCCUGACCCCAAUCCCGGCGGGGAUCUCGGAGGAAGAGGAGCUGGACGGCAUCUCGGGCCAGGCAUGCAUCCACGCCGCGCUGCAACAGAUCCAGACCCUCCGCGCGCGCCAACGGAGCGUGCAAUUUAAUGGGACCAAAGUAUCGCAGCCGGCGAGGUCCAGGGCAAUCGUAGCCAUUCCGGAGGCCGUGGCAACGGAGGGGUUUCUCACCGCAGAAAACAUCGCAUAUUGGGCCGCACUGACAUUUGAUACAUCGGCGUCCUUAACACUCAAUUGCCGGCCACUCCUCUCGGCGGGACUCCUGGGGUUCGAGGCGGAACUCCCGUGGCGCCUGGUGAGGGCCGGAGCCGUCAAAUUCCAGAAGCAAAUGCAGGAAUGGCAUGCCCAUGCUGUCAGCGAAAUAACGGAUGAGCGAGCGAGUCAGAUCGUGGCCAGCGGGUCCGCGUGGAAGCUCCUGGCGUGGAAGCUGACCGCAGUCUUCAAGGAAGCCCUCAGGGAUGGCCAUGAUGAAUCGGAAGUAAAGCGGGCGUUUCGGCUGGUUUCCGGGUUUAUCCAGGAGUUUAAUGACAUCUAUCGUGAGCCGUUGGAGGCAUGCCAGCGGCGGAUGCCCUUUCUUGGGGAGCAGAUUAGAUUCCGCUGGUACUCGUUGAUGUUGCACUAUCACCUCAGUAUUCUGUUGCUCGUCAACGCUGCCGAGGCCACGAGUCGCCUCGACUUACUGGCCGAGCUGGCCGAGGCAAGUGCAGAUGCUCAGAAUGCGGUAGUCAACACGUUAAUAUUUGGCCUCAGCAACACCGUAACAUUAAACAUUCCGCAGAAAUCAAACUCUAGUUGUACUCUAAGGGACGGGAUUCCUGUUCCUAUCGUCGCCAUUGAUCCUUAUCCUCACCAUAUCGUGGCCGCUGUGCAGCUGGUGCAUAAGGCCGUGGACCGCGACUUGACCCUCGGCAGGAUUGGUGGAGACGCACACAAAAACCUGCAAUCGGUUUUAUCUCGUGCAUUGGAUCACCUUCCACAGAGCUCCAAGUCUGUCCAAGCCGCCAAGGGGGCAUUCUCAGAAAGGAGUUCGCACUCCGGUGUAGAACCACUAGUCCCCUACCUUAGUAUAGACCCACAAUGGCACAGGUGAUGCUGAUAUCUAUGUACAUAGUCCCAUAGACAUCAAUACCCACAGCGAUACUUAUUACUGGGAAGGUCCAAGGCGAUAAGGUGUGUCUUUUCG